UCCUUAAGGCCAAAGGGCCUGAGGAUAGAAUCAUGUAAAUAGUUGUACUAAAAGUAAUAGUGUUUCUUACAUCAAAGUCCGGAAAAAUGCCAGAGAGGGUAAAUUGGGGGACAGUGGUAAAACUGUCACCUUCAGUGAAAGAGAGCAGGAAAUUGAUUACCUUUUAUAACUGGCUGUAAUGAGCCUGGAGGAAGGCCUGUUCUUCCUCCCACAAGUUUUAAGAAGCAAGUUGGUGUUAGUAAGAAUCUGCAAGGCCACUCUGACCUGUUGAAGAUACUGCACAUGCUUAAUAGGUUCAUGAAUAGUAACUGACACAUCUCUCAUAGGUAAUAGGCUCAUUCGCAUGAACAUGGGAUGUAUGUGCGGGAGGAGGAGCAUAUCAAGGGGUAGUAUGAUGUAGGCAGACGGAGAAGAUUGUACCUUCUUAGUGGCCCAGCCAAUGGGAGAAAAGAAGAAGGGUCUGUGAGCUGGGAAAAGGGAAUAAAAAGCAAUGUCUUGUGUGUAACUGAUGCGCUACCUGUGAGGUGGGCGCCUGCUCUUGCAAGAAUGAAUUAAACUGUACUGCUUGGUACUUUGCCUCUGUAUUGUCACUACUGGGAUUUACUCCUUACAAAAGUAUAAUUAAAGACAGAAUUAGUAAGUGCACAGAAGGACAAAUCCUGCUAAAAAGUUACUAAAGUCGAGACAAAUUAGCUAAGAAAAAAGGUCCAUAAGAGGACACAUGAUAAGAGGUGUACAGAAUAUUGCAUUGUGUGGAGAAAGUGGAGAGGGAGAUAUUUCUCUCUCUCUUUCUCAUAGUGCUAGAACCUGGAGUCAUCCCAUCAAGCUGGUGGGAGAGUCAGGACACAUGAAAGGAAGUAUUUCACAUAGAUAAAUGAAGAAGUUCUCUUAUAUGAGUUGCAGAGAUGGCUGCCAAUAUGGACGGCUUUAAAACAGUGUUGCACAAAUUCAUGCAUAGCAGUUGCUGGGGAACUUGGGAAGGAAGUUGCUGUUGUACUCAUAUCCUGCUUGUGGGAUCCUGUGGGCAGCUGUCCUGCCACUGUGUGAACAAAAUGCUUUCAUUAGAUGGACCCUUGGUCUGAUCCAGCAUAAGCUCUGAGGGUAGAGCAGACUGUGGAGAAUAAUUUACAUGGGAUAUUUUCCUAUCCAGAACUGGACAUAGAUCGUUGUUGAAAUCUCCUCUGAUUAUCAGCCAUAGAAGGCUAUAGAAGGCAAGAGGCAAAUGCAAGCAUUAAAUAUUGGAGAAGAAUCUUGGUUGGGACGGUAUAAAACAGAGUCAGUGCUGAUAUUGCAGUUUUAACAACCAAGAAAAGAUAGCAUUUUUAAAAUCUAUUAUUGAGUGUAACACUAAGACUGAGAUUUGCUUGUGAAUGUGCAUAGGUAUUCCUUGUAAAUUUUUGGAGUUGCCACUAGCAUACACUUUACCUACCUUAUCCUUAAACAUUCUAUACUUUUCUUUAGGAAGUAGAUGGGUUUCUUGCAAGAAAGCUAAACCACCUUUCAACAUCUUAAGUUUGGUACCUGUAACAGAUGAAGAUAAUAUGGAGGAUGGUUGUUCUCAGAAACUGGCCUCUGCCAAGUACUUUCGACUCUUGUUAUUGAUACUGAUUCCAUGCAUCUGUGCUCUCAUACUUUUGUUGGUGAUCUUGAUUACAUUUGUAGGUGUGUUAGGGAAAAAAUGCUUUUAUGAAAAUGGAAGUGACUUACUUGGCACUGAGAGUGAUACUGAGAUGCUUGACAUUCCUUUUCCAAACAUAACUGACAGUGGUUCAAAUAUGGCUCCUUCAAGAGGCAACAAAAUGCAGCCAUCAUCUUGGACCACAAGUCCAUUAUUUCACGUUGACCAAAUGCAUAAAAACUUUAGUAUUCAUAAGGAAGCUACACAGGUUAUUUCUCAAACUCCAGUUCUGAAAACUAGUCCUGCAGAUGAAAGGAUUUUGACUAAAGGCCCUGGAGAUACUUUCUGGUCAUCAGUCAAAUCAGAAGAAGAAACACCAUGGUCCACAGGUACACCCAUGAAGGUCAUAGACAAGACAUCAUCUCUCCCUAGGCUAAAACCCACACAUCCACCAGCUGUGCAAGGAAUAGACUUGAAAAUGGGUUCCUGCAUAAAUAUAACCUACAACCAGUGCCAAAUGCUGCCAUAUAACCACACGACUUUAAGACCAGUACUUUCAAUUGUCAAAAGCAUUGAAAUGGAAAAAUUUCUCAAGUUCUUCAGUUAUCUCAACCGCCUCAGCUGCUAUCAGCACAUCAUGCUGUUUGGAUGUAGCCUUGCUCUUCCUGAGUGCAUCAGUGAUGGUGUUGACAGUCAUGGACUCCUGCCCUGUAGAUCAUUUUGUGAGGCUGCAAAGGAAGGAUGUGAACCAGUUCUUGGGAUGGUGAAUUCUUCUUGGCCUGAGUUUCUUGCCUGUUCCCAGUUCCAAAACAAAACUGAAAACGGUAAUACAACCAGGGUCUGCUUCUCUCCACAACGAGAAAAAGGAAAGCAAUUGCUUUGUGAAAGUGAUGGGAGCUUCUUCUGUAGAAGUGGAAUUUGCAUUCCAGGAAUACUACAGUGCAAUGGCUACAAUGAUUGUGAUGACUGGAGUGAUGAGGCGCAUUGCAACUGCAGUGAAGGACUUUUCCGCUGCAACACAGGAAAAUGCCUCAAUUAUACCUUCGUUUGUGAUGGGUAUGAUGACUGUGGAGACAUAAGUGAUGAGCAGAACUGUGAUUGUAAUCCAGUAACUCAACACCGAUGUGGAGAUGGGAGAUGCAUAAAAAUGGACUGGGUGUGUGAUGGUGACCACGACUGCAUGGACAAAUCAGAUGAGGCAAACUGUUCAUGCCACAGUCAGGGACUGGCGGAAUGCAGAAAUGGACAAUGUGUUCCAAGUGCUUUCCAGUGUGAUGGAGACAAUGACUGUAAGGAUGGAAGUGAUGAAGAAAACUGUAGUCAAAGUCAAACGUCAUGUCAGGAAGGAGAUCAGAAAUGUACUUCUACUUCCUGUCCUGAUAUCUGUACUCAUUCUUCUCCCUGUGAUAUGAAUAAUAGCCAAGCAAACUGUAGUCAGUGUGAACCAAUUACACUGGAACUGUGUAUGAACCUGCCUUACAAUUAUACUAAUUAUCCCAACUACUUGGGCCAUCGGACACAAAAGGAAGCCUCAAUCAGCUGGGAAUCCUCACUCUUUCCAGCCUUGGUUCAGACUAACUGUUACAAAUAUCUUAUGUUUUUCGCCUGCACAAUCUUGGUUCCAAAAUGCAAUCCUCAAACAAAUCAGCGUAUCCCACCAUGCAGAGCACUUUGUGAACAGUCAAAGGAACGAUGUGAGUCCAUUCUUGGAAUUGUAGGCUUACAAUGGCCAGAAGACACAGAUUGUUCUCAGUUCCCAGAAGAAAACUUAGACAACCAUAUUUGCCUAACACCUGAUGAAGACGUAGAAGAGUGCUCACCCAGCCAUUUCAAAUGCCGUUCAGGAAGGUGUGUCUUGGCUUCCAGAAGAUGCGAUGGGCAGGCAGACUGUGAAGAUGACAGUGAUGAAGAGAACUGUGGUUGCAAAGAAAGAGGUCUUUGGGAAUGUCCCUCAAGCAAGCUCUGUAUCAAACAUGCAAUGAUAUGUGAUGGUUUUCCAGACUGUCCUGGCGGUAUGGAUGAAACAAAUUGCUCAUUUUGCAGAAAGGAUGAGAUUACAUGUGCCAACCAUGACUGUGUGCCUCGUAAAUGCUGGUGCGAUGGGCAGAUAGACUGUGCCGACAAAUCAGAUGAAUGGAACUGUGUGUCCAUGUCUGAAAACAAGAGUUCCUUGAUGUUCUUAAUGGUUCACAGGUCAGCUAUCAAGUACCAUGUCUGUGCUGAUGAAUGGGAAGAAAAUUUAAGCUAUUUGGCAUGCAAACAAAUGGGUUUAGGGGGGCCACCAGUGACUGAAAUGGUUCCAGAAUAUAAGCAACCACAUCAUGAGAAAUGGAUGAAUCUACAGUCUGAAUGGGAGAGAAAAAACACAUCCACAUUACAAGCCCUUUUAGUGACAGGGUUGCCAUGCAGAAGCAGGAGUAUGGUUUCCCUUCUGUGCACCAAAGAAGAUUGUGGGCGUCGCCCUGCAGCUCGAAUGAGCAAGAGGAUCCUCGGUGGCAGGACCAGUCGCCCAGGACGGUGGCCAUGGCAGUGCUCUCUUCAGAGUGAGCCCAGUGGGCAUAUUUGUGGCUGUGUGCUCAUUGCAAAGAGAUGGGUCUUGACAGUGGCACACUGCUUUGAAGGGAGAGAAAACCCUGCAGUAUGGAAAGUAGUGUUUGGCAUCAACAACUUGGACCAUCCUUCGGUCUUCAUGCAGACCCGCAUGGUGAAAACAAUUAUUCUGCAUCCCCGCUAUAACCGAGCUGUGGUGGACUAUGAUAUAAGCAUUGUGGAACUCAAUGCAGACAUCAAUGAGACAAGUUAUGUAAGGCCUGUUUGCCUACCCAGCAGGGAGCAGCGAGUUGAGCCAGAUACCUAUUGCUAUAUCACUGGCUGGGGACACAUGGGCAACAAAAUGCCUUUCAAACUUCAAGAAGGAGAAGUUCGUAUCAUUUCCUUAGAACAUUGCCAGGCAUACUUCGACAUGAAAACCAUCACCACCAGAAUGUUAUGUGCUGGCUAUGAAUCUGGCACGGUGGACUCUUGCAUGGGUGACAGUGGAGGACCUCUUGUGUGUGAGCAGCCUGCUGGACGCUGGACAUUGUUUGGUUUAACUUCUUGGGGCUCUGUUUGCUUUUCUAAAGUUUUGGGACCUGGAGUUUAUAGUAAUGUGUCUCACUUUAUUGAAUGGAUUGAAAGGCAAAUCUAUAUCCAUACUUUUCUGCUCCGCUAAUUCCUCUGGAGAAAAAUGCUUUACUGACUGACCAAAGGUGGAGUCCAAGAACACCGUACUUUGAAGAUACUGAACUGAAGAAAUCUGGUGAAUUCUUAAUUGCCUGGGUUGCAGAUGGCAGACAAUGAAUGGAACAGUGUAAAAGAAUGCAUUAAUUCUCUGGUGCAUCUGGGUAUUAGUCAAAUAUUUUUAUAAGGAUUUCAGAUUUUUUUUCUUUAGCUGUGCUGCAUUACUUUCAUGUACACUCACAAACAAAAAGCUUAAAGGAAGAAUCAGAUGGGUUCUCAUUUAAUACGAUAACUUAAAACAAUUAAAAUUAGCAGUUCUGCAGAAGUAGUAGCUUUCUAAAACAUCAAGAAAAAUUCACACACACACACACACACACACACCCUACUGAUGAUUUCAGUUUCCAUCACUUGCAAUGAAGUGUUUGCAUAUUUGCAAAAGUUAUCGGCACAUCUAUUCAAAAUACUUCUUUUGGAAACUCAGCAAUUUGCCUGCCCCCAUCUCCAGUCGGCUUGAUUUCAUGUGCUGGAUUUUGUCUUCAUUCACUUUAACAGAAUUGGGUGCUUCAGGUGCACAUGUGAAUUAUGCCUAUAUUGGUUGCAUUUAUUGCUUAAGCCAGUGGCCAUCCCUCUGUGUCUUUGGGGAAAGUGCAAACAAAGCAAGCCUGAUUGCUAUGGCAACAGUAAACCAAUCAUUUUAAAAUGAGGAUGACCGUUAAAGAAGACAAACUUUUUAAAUGAAGAAUCACAAUAUGGAUAAAACAAUGUCCGCGCAAUUUUACGGCUGCUAGAAAUAAUACCAACACUUUAGAGGUUCCACACAAAUCUCUAACCUCUAGUAGCUAAUAAAAGUUUUGCUUUAUAAUCCCAGAAGCUGUUCUAUAUAAAAUAUACGACAGGAAUUUACCUCUAACAGUGAGUUUUAAGGGGACUAUUUUAGGAAGUAACACAGAUUUUCAGUCCUCUGGAUAUGCCACUCAUACGAUUAUGCUGAAAUGCCCUCUUUCCAUACUAACACAGGUUCAAUACUACUCCACAAAAUGGACUGCAUCCAUCUGCUGCUGACAGGAGACAAAGUGUGUACGGAGAUAGACUGGAGAGACUCUUUGGGGCACUGUGCCCCUUUGUGCAGCCGUCCAGGUUUCUUCUGUUGCAACAGAAGGUAGAUGGUCUCUGUUUGACUCAGCAAACUUCAAGGCUUAGCAAUGAAUCUCCAGUAAGAGGCAGAAAAGGGUAAUCUUCUUUACAUCAGCAUUUUUGCAAGAGCAAGCCCUCAUGUCCCCAGCCAGUGCUUACAUCCAGAUCGUAUGACAGGGCAAGGAUACAAUGCAGCCUCUCAAAAGUUGCCCUUUCUCCCUUAUAUUUCACAUGCUGCUUCAGCCAUAGGACUUCUCUGCACAAGGCAUUUAUUGUGAGCUCAUGAUCCCUCACAGAAGUUGGUAAGGACUUUUCACAACAUUGUUCUCCAGAGCCUCUUCUUUACAUUGCAUUUAUAUCCCACUUUUUAUUUUCCUCUUGUGAGGAAUCUAAGGCAACUUAUAUAGCUCAAUUUUAUCCUCACAACAACAACUCUGUGAGGUAGAUUAGGCUGAGAGUGAGUGACUGGCCCAAAGUAACCUGGUGAGCUUCAUAGCCAAGUAGGGGCUAGAUCCCAGAUCACUUGAGUUCCCAGUCCAGCACUCUCUCCACCACUCCAUGCUGGCUCUUUUCCAGUCAGGUUUUAGAACAAGGAAAUUUUGUCAUUAAAUUUCAAAGUGCAACAUUCUGCAACAAAAGCCUCCUGUAAAGUGGGAAGUUUGCUGUAUAACAGCUAUACCACAUUGCCACCUUGUAGCUGGUCAACAGAAUAUUUUAAAAGGCAGAGUAAUAUAAACCGGGCAGAACCCCCCCACACACAAGCCAAUGACACACUUUUUCUCUCCAAUAGAUACAGAAAAAGCCCCAGUAAAGCAGCGAGUUAAACCACUCAUAUAGAGAAGCCUGUUGUGCUUGGAAACAUCAAUGCAGCACAUCCAGUGAAAGCUUUUCUUAUGUAAUUGCACUGCCUCAUUCAUACAACAUCAUGUCUUCAAGUUGCGUUAUCUUCUGGAUAUAGCCAUCUCAUGUUUUCCUACCAGUAGUUCUGUUUUUCCCCCUUUUUAACAAGAGAAAACAUUGAGGUAUAAGCAAGAAUAUGUGCACACUGCCAUUUGAUUGAUAAUGCUAGAACCGCUACUUGAGGAAGCAUUCCAAGACCAUCUUUAGCAACUGAGUAGGACAACCAAAGCCAGACAAACUCACCCAUAACCUGCAGUUUCUUCAAGCUAUUAUUUUUCCUUCAGGAUAUUAUUUUUCCUAAAGUUUUAAACUGCGUUAACUCAGGAGGACCUUACAACAACCUGGCCUAACGUAGAAAAAAUAGUAUCAGCUACAGAGGGAGGAAAAAAGUCAGGAAUGGAGAUAGUCGUAUACUCUUAGGAGUGUAAAAUGGCCACAGCUUCAGUCAAACUCUUUUAACUAUUUUAGGGGCCUCAAACAUGUAAUGAGACCUCGGUGCAGUUCUGCCAAAUCACAUGCAGGGUUCAGUGAGAAAAGAGAUACUGCUUGCGAAUCCUCAGAACAAACCUCGUGACCCACAUACCCCUGUAUUAUGGCAACUCUGACAAUGGAGAAUUUUCCUAAAGAUUCUUAAAGAUUAUACCCUGCUCUUCAAAUGCAAGACCGAGAAAAGAAAGAAGGCAGUGCACUGCACAUUUCACCCAGCACUGCUAGGAUUCUCACAAAGGGACACAGCAUUGACUCAAAAGCCAGACUCACUACUAGCUCAGAGUCUGUUUGCUCUCCUUUGUGUCUUCAAGAUGGAAUAGUGUAGCAGCUAAGAGUUUGAGCUACAGAUCAUGAAAUCUCUGGAUUCUGUCAUUAGCUCACUUUGCAUUGUGGGAGGGAGUAAUACUGAAUUGCCUUACAGAUAUAUUGUUUUUGCCUUACAUAUAUACACUGUCACGAAACCAUCAGGAAUAGGUUAGCUCAGUUAUUAUGCAUUGAAUGGGCAUAGGAAAAGGUAGGUUUCAAGGAAUUAAUAACAGUAAAUGUGAGACUGCUGUGGGUAUAGAAUGGGAAUUCAUAAUCUUAUUAUUUAUAAAAGAAAUGCAAUGGUAUCAGGGCUGGUCUUUCCUCCACAUAAUGGGAGGCUCAGUUCUUGAGAAUGAUCUAGGAUAGAUGAGCCAUAGAUGCCAUCUCUGAGAAUUCUACGAUAGGAUUUGUAGGUCUUUCAAAGAAAACAUUGUGGUAUCCCACAUGCAGAUAGCAAAAAUCCCAGAGGGACUUGUUUACCACUCAGCUUAUGUUCCCACAGUUCUGCUUGGUCAGAAACUCGUGCAGAUUCAAUAAUCCCUUUGGUCCCUAGGGAGGGAUUAGAUGGUUGUCUUACUCUGUUUUGAUAAUCCAAGCAACUAUGUGAGGUUCAACUCUUUCAGAGAUUCUAGUCUCCGUGCUAGCUGUGGUACCAUAAUGCACCAUGGUAUGAAAAGAUCUGACGGAUGUUGGUUUCUGGGUGCCACUGAGGCCAUCACACAGGAAGCGUCUUUGUUUUUAUUUCAAUGAGCUGCAUUAUCAGAAUUUGGUGAUUGGUUUCUCCAGCUCACACAGGUCAUUCCUGAACUGUUGGUUACUGUGGGAUCAGGAAAUAUGCAUUUAUACUUAUCCAUGACAAAGAGCAUAUCAUGAGAAUGAACGAUGCACAGUGCCCCCAUAACAGCAGGCUGUCUCAUGUGACACAGCUUCCUGAUCAAACAGAAGAAUUCUUUCUAAUGAGUCCAGGCCAUUACAGCAUUUAGAAAUAAUCAUGUGCUCAGUAAGAUAUGAGAUUUUUCUGUCUCUAGACAGGGAAUUCAGGCUUGAUUGACACUGGGCAGGUUCAUAUGAUGUGCUAAAGCACCCUGUGAAUAAGCUACACAUGGAACAACCCAUGAUGUAUGUAACCAACAAUUAAGCUCCAGGAAUUAGAUGGCUCCACAGGCUUGUUCUUGCCUUCCUUCCCUCAGUGUCCCUUGCAGCUCCAAACAGUUCUGAAGCCAUUCCCGCGCCCCACGCCCAAACACACACACACAGGACUAUAUGUAAAUACAAUGUCUGGGAAGGAAAUACAGGCAAAAUUUGCACACCUGCAGUAAUCACUCCAUUACUGCCAAUGCAUGUGUUUCCUUUUCAUUUACUGCCCUGUUCUUAAAGUGGCACAGAUUUUCACUUCCCAGCUAUUAAAUUCAUGUCUGUUUCCCAAUCUAACAAGUUGUGCAAAUAUUCUUGACUUGUUAAAAAGAUGGCAAAAUGGGACAGAGUAAAUGGCAACCCAGCACUAGCAUUGCUUAAUCUCACCCUCACCCUCAUUCAUUUCAUCCCAUUCAGGCACCAUUGCAGCAUUUUCUUGUUUUUGCUUUACAACUAUUAGGGAACCAUAAUAACUACAGCAGUAAAUGCUCCAAAAGCAGCCAUGAAAUGGUGCUCUGGGUGGUGGGAACCCAUCUCUUCCCUUUCUAGAGCUGUUGGAUAAUCAGAAAAGUGCUGGAGGGAGAUUGAGAAGUCUCAUUUCAGUGCUUCACACUGAGAGGAUUACAUUGCUAGGUGAGAUAAAUUGCCCUCCCCUCCCACUUUGGUGCAAAUUCCUUUGCUGCCCUUUUUGGUGCAUUUCACUUGGUAACUCAGCAAUUAGACAAUGUGUGCAUUAGCCCAUUUUACCUUGUCAGUUUUCUUGUAUGUUGCCACUCCUUAGCACUUGGUUUGAGAGCCAAAUAUCCAAGGAAAUUGAUCAGGGAAGACUAUGCAUAUUGGACAGUCAUAAGAGCGCAUUUGUGAAAGGUUGACAAAAAGAAAUCAAAAAUAUUAGAAAUAGCUUUGCACAAUUUUCUGGGGUAAGAAAGGUCAUUUUUAGGAGCAAGUACUUGCCUUUCUGUUCCGUAUACCAAUGGUUUACUUCUGGAAUCUAAAUGUGGUCCCAGAAGCAUUACUUAAAUUGUCUGUCAAGCCAGCUUGUUGGGUCACACUGUACUUUCUGUACAACUAAUUAGCCUUUUUACCAUUAUAAUCAGUAGGAGGGUAUGGACUCUCCCUAACUAGUACACCAUGCUGAAGGAUAAAAUUGUUCUUUAACCAAAAAUGGGCUCUGAGCCCAAGAUGACUUCUAUUUCAUUUUCCCCUCAUAAUCUAGACUUGCUGUUAUCUGGUCCUUAUUCACACACUAGAUGUUAGGAGAGUGGUUUUUAGUUUCAGCUCUAGAACAGACACUACUCUGUUAGCUAAAGAUAAGCAGAAAAGCUGAAACACAAUCAAUCAUGCAGAAAUGGAAGGCUAAGGUUUCCAGGGCUUCUCCCCAGCACAAAUUAACGUUUCCAGCUUUGGUGGGGGAAUGCAGAACAGCUGCUUGGCCAUCAUUCUUUGUCAGGCAUUACAGGGUAAAUAAACCCAUCCCUAAAUUGGUUGCCUUUGGUUCCAGACUAAGGGCACAAUCCCAGGAUUAUUUAGACAGAAAAAAGUCCUACAAUGUUGCUUUCUCUUGACAGCUCCCUAAAUUGAUUUGCUCCAUUUUUUGCAGAUUCUAAUGAACCUGCACUGAUUCUGUUCAAUUUGUCCUAUUCUUAAACUGCUUUGAUACAGUCCAUCUUGUGGAAUGGCACCUGUCUGCAAUUUUCUCUCCUACAUCUGCACUGGAAACAGACCCUAGUUAAUGUUUUUCAAAGACCACAUACCCAGCAAUCUAAAAUAUAUUAGUCAAAGUUGAAAAUAGGCUUUGAUAUACAGAAGUUGUAGGACAAAUUUGGAAUUUUAUUGCUUGAUCAGAUCUUGCAGGAUUGCCACAUGGUCCAGAUUAUUGUUAGAGUAGAACUUAUAAUUAGCGUUCUUCUCUUUUGAUGCACCUUAUGUAGUAUGUAAUAUACAGUGUCCACUGUAUUACUAAAUUUUACUAUUUAUAUGGAUUGAAAAGCUUCAAUUCGUUCAGCAUUGUAUCUCUUUUUUUCAACAAAAAGUAACCCUUUGCCUUUUCUAAUGUUUGUGUUCAUUCCGUGGGAUUGAAGGUCAGUAAAAGUGAGCAAACUCCCAAGCAAAUUCCAGACAUGAUAUUAAGUGUCAUAGGUACCAUUAUCUGCAGCACAUGUGGCACAUGGACAAAUGGCUCCAUGGGACUGUAUCAGUGAGUACACAACUGCAUGAAGAAAACUGACCCCUUUCAUGGGUUCAGCUGUCAGAAAAAAUGUGGCCAUGUUCAUGCUGUUUCCCACACACUCAUAUACCUAUGUAUGGACUCAUCCAAAAUAGGCCAAGUGUAUUAUUAUUUAAAAUACGGUGGCCUAUUUUUCUUACUGCAUGUACGAAAUUCAUUAUGGCACUUUUGUCAUGUGCACUGAACCACCAAAAAGCACAAAAUACCAGCAUGCCUGGAAUGUGAGGUAAUCUACAUAGCUUAUCACAGGCAUGCUGGCCAGUUUAGGACAGAUCAGACUGUCAUAUCCACAGAGGGAAAAAUCUGAGCUGAAGUAAGUACAAACUGUAUCUGUUGUUCCCUUGAUUUCAGCAAGGCAACACUGAAAUUAAUUGGCGAUUGGGUGGACAGUGGAAUUCCCAACACUUUCUCCUAAUUCAGAUUGCCAUGCAAAAAUGCACAUUUGCUUAAUUUGAAUUUUCUUAGACAGAAUUUCCAGUUAGGAUACAAUUGGAUGGGGGCUUUUUCUUGUUUAUUUUUUAACUUUAAAAAUGAAUUUUUACCAUUAACAUCUAUAAACAAUGUGUAAUAUUGUAAUUAUUUAAAAGUUAUUUUUCAAGAACAUAUGUAAACCUAAGUUCAAAAGUGUUCAUGAUUUAAAAUAUAAUAUCCACAAUGGUUUUGUUCAUGUUGAA